AUGACUUCAGCAGCAACGCCUCUGGUUGUUGACCUAGGCUGCCACUCCCUGAAGGCUGGUGCCGCUGGCGAGGCCCUUCCUCGGGUUGUCACGCGAUCCGUAGUAGGCGUUGCUGCGGUGAAUGAGAGCAGCUUGUGCAGCUCCUCCUCCUCCGCUGCUAGUGCUGCUUCCCCAUCCUCCUCUGGACAGCCACCAGCGGCAGCAGCAGCAGCGGCAGCGGCAUCCGCAGCCGGCGAGCCGUUGAUCCUGCAGCAGCUACUCAAUCCUCUGGAAAAGACGGAUCAUGUGGAGGUGCUCCCCGUCCUGGACUAUAAAGCCACGCGGCUGAACUCCCCGGGGACCUACGUCCCGCAUAGUGCUGUAAGGCUCGCUUGUUGGGGGUGUUUGCUGCAACAACACGGGCUGUUGCAUGCACUUGCGGGGAGGCGGCUGUUGCCCCCCUGCGCUUCUUGCGUGUAUCAGGGUUGCAACUGGGGAGCCCCCAAUGCAGGCUACGCCUUAGGCUCGGAGCGGGGCUUCCUAUUUGCGGAGCCGAACAUUACAAAUCACCAAGUUAGAGAAACUUUCGCGGAGAUCGCGUUUGAGCUGCUGCAAGCUCCCGAGGUGCUGCUCGUUCGGAAGGCAGCUCUAGCUGCCUUUGGCUGUGCGCGCACCUCCGCAGUCGUGUGCGACAUGGGUCAUAGCAACACCAGCGUUGCUGCUGUGCAGGAGGGCUUCGUGCUGCAGCGGUUGCAGCAGGAGAUACCGCUUGGAUGCAUGCAGCUGCUAUCCCUCACACGCCAUCUGCUGCAGCAGCAUCACAUUCCCAUUACGCCUGGCUACGCCGUUGUGCAAGUUGCCUCCUGUCCACACGUGACCAAGAGCUUUCAGUCCUUUGGCGAGCAGCAUGUGCUGGAAGGGCCUUAUAUCCUCCCCGACGGAACCCCCUUACCGCCUGCAGUCACUGCAGCCAUAGAAACGGCUAUCCCCGAUGCGCUUUUCUGCCCAUCCCUUAGGGAUGUUCUUGGGGCUUUAGUGGUGGCUGGAGGGGGUUCCCAGUUCCCUGGACUUGUGAAGAAGCUCAAGGCUGAAGUCGCACAAAUGGGGGCAAGCACCAACGGCGGACGGACGCAAAGCAGCAGCAGCAGCAACGCGAACGGCACCUUGCGGCUAGUGUGCAGUAGGGGGGCCGUAGAACGCCACAUGGCUAGCUGGAUAGGGGGUUCUAUCGUGGGGUGUCUGGGAACUUUCUCGCAGCUAGCGAUCACAAGAAGCGACUAUCAGGAGUUCGGGCCGAGGGGCUGCGUGGAUCGCAAGUGCCCUUGA